CGCUACAACCGUGCCCAUCUCGUUUCUCAUAUCCCCGCUUCGUUCAGUAUAGACGCUGCCCUCCCUCAUGUUCGCCCGCAUGCAUCACCUGUUCCUCUUCUUCACCGCUUGCCUUGCUCUCACGGCGAGAGCUGAGGAGAGACGCCAAGUCGCAUCCAUAUUCAGUUCCUUGACGUCUGAAGCGGGCUCAGUGGUCAGCGACGUGACGUCCGUUGCGGGCAGUGUCGGUAGUGAGGCCACCAGCCUUGGAGGCGAUCUGACUAGCGUCGCUGGAGGGGUGUUUACCACUGUCACGUCGAUUGGUGGCCAAGCGGCUACAAUUGUCACCAGUGCUGGGGGACAUGCCAUCACCCUCGCCUCGAGCGGAGCCGGGAAGCUCACCUCUUUUGCCGGGUCCGAAUACACGAUUGCAACGAGCGUGUUGGGACAAGUGGUAACCACAGUUACAUCAAUCGGCGGGGUAAUCGCCACCGUGGUCACCAGUGAGGGCGGCGAGGCCAUCACCCUCGCUACAAGUGGUGCGGGUAAAGCCACGUCAUUUGCCGGCUCCGAGUACACUGUCGCGACUGCCGCUAUCGGGUCGUCAACAUCCAGUGCUGCAAUGGCCGCUCUUGACUUAGGCAUAUCCGAGGCUCUCGUGACUGCUUUCGCUACCGUGUUGACGAGUAUGGUCGCCGGUGCGUGGAUCGUGCUGUAAACCUGCGUAAAGUAGUGAAAUAGGUACAUUCCCGAUCUAAUGUCAUUUGCAUUCCAAUACAUAUAUGAUCCCUCUAUUCAAGUUAUUCGCAAUCGUUUUC